AUGUCUUCCUCGAAUGAUGAAAACGUAUUCAAAAUCCCCUAUGAUAUUUAUAGAGAAAAUUCAGCAUCUAAACGAUGGAAAAUGCUGGCAACAGUGGUGAUGAAGAUACUCAGAGAGGGCUCCUUUGAUGGCGUUAGCAAUUUAGGUCAGCUUUUCAUAAAUUACGAACUUUUUACGGUCCAGAAAAUUAAUGAUCAACAUCCCGAUCCGGACGGCGACUGGUUCGAAUAUACAACUACUACAACAAAUGGCACACACUCUUUCAUAAUACGACAGCUCAAGCAGAAGUUAACGUUUGAAGAUUUUGAAGGAGUUGACAAUUCUGGAAAUGUGUGCAUUUGGCCAUCUGAGCAAGCAUUAGCAUUCUACUUACUUCAUAAUCCAAACAUGUUUAAUGGAAAAUCUGUUUUGGAAUUAGGUGGUGGAAUGACAUGCCUUGCAGGUUUAGCAGUUGCUAAAUUUUCAGCGCCUUCCAGAAUAGAACUAACAGAUGGAAAUGUAAAAUCUGUUGAGAAUGUUAGUCAGAUUUUACGACGGAAUGAUCUACAUAUGCGAGUAAUAUGCUCCGUUUUUGAAUGGGGUGUGAAUAAUUCAAGAUUUCGUGAUGUUCGGUCUAAAGUGGACGUCAUUAUUGCUGCAGAUUGCUUAUAUUCUAAGCGAAAUAGAUCAAAAUUCCUUAAAACCCUUACGGUAGCACUAAAAGAUACUGGUGUUGCAUUUAUUUUUGCACCUAAAAGGGACAACAUUAUCGAGAAGUUUGAAAAAGAAGCUUUUCUCAAAGGUUUUCGUUGUACUGAAGAACUUCAGUACAAUAAUAUCAUUUGGGAUAAACACUUGUUUAUGGAAAAAUAUAACAAAUAUAAUGCAGUUAAGCAUUAUCCAUUACUGAUUCUACUGACCAGAAUCCAUGAAGACCAAGAUGAUGAUGAUGAGUUGUAA